AUGCAAACUCGACGACGACUCCAUCAAACGGACCAGCAGGAUUACAGCAACACCUAUACCAUUCAAGCAGCGGAGGAUCAACAAGCAUCGGGCGGCGGAGGACCUCACGCGUUAAUACAACCUGGACAGCAAUCACUGCUGCAGCCAGCAGGAGUCACCCUUGACAUUGGCGAUCCGCAGUCAUUGGCUUCGAGCGGAACAACAGACUCCGACGACAAGUACGGCAAGGCAGCUCGUCAGUGGAAUUUACGAGCCUUCUCUGGCCAGGCACUGCGCACAUUUAGUGCCGCCGCAGCUGUUGUCACCGGCAAUCAUCCAGGCGACAAUAAUAACGACAACAACUACCACUACAGUACUGUCACAGCCCCACAAACUGAGCGAGAGCCAGAUCCUGAGCCAGAGCCAGAGCAGGAGAUAUUCAUCAUGGCAGCAAGAGAUCGAACGGCGGAGUUCGCCAAUGCGAUACGUUCGCUGCAGGCACGCAACAUCACACGGGCCGUCAACAUCCGGGAUCCCCGCAAGGCCAAGCAGAUUCAAAGCUAUUCAGAGUUUAUGAUGGUGGCCAAAUUUAUUGGCAAGAACAUAGCCAGUACCUAUGUCAAGCUGGAGAAGCUAACCCUGUUGGCCAAGAAAAAGAGCCUCUUCGAUGACAGACCGCAGGAGAUACAGGAACUGACCUACAUCAUCAAGGGUGAUCUGAAUGCAUUGAAUCAGCAGAUUGCCCGCCUGCAGGAAAUCUCCAAGGACCAGCGACGCAACACGAGCGGCAAACAUCUGGUAUCACAUUCCUCCAACAUGGUCCUAGCACUCCAAUCAAAGCUGGCCAGCAUGAGCACGGAUUUCAAGCAAAUUCUGGAAGUGCGUACCGAAAAUCUCAAACACCAGAAGACGCGUCGUGAUCAGUUCAGUCAGGGGCCAGGUCCCAGGGCUGCUCACUCGGUAUCCCCAUCGACGGCCAAACAGGGCUCGCUGCUGAUGAGCGAGGAGAACCAAGCGAUCAGCAUAGACAUGGGUGGCAGCAGUGAUACAUCACCGCUCCUAGGACCACCGGCUCGCCUGCAGCAGCAGCAGCAACAGCAAAUGGCCAUCUACGACGAGUCGGACAAUUAUGUUCAACAGCGGGCCGAGACAAUGCAAAACAUUGAAUCGACAAUUGUUGAGCUGGGCGGCAUAUUCCAGCAGCUGGCGCAUAUGGUCAAAGAACAGGAGGAGAUUGUCGAACGCAUCGAUACGAAUGUGGCCGACGCUGAGCUGAAUAUUGAGGCAGCGCAUGGCGAGAUUCUCAAGUACUUUCAGUCUGUCUCAAAGAAUCGCUGGCUGAUGAUUAAGAUAUUCGGUGUUUUGAUAUUCUUCUUUAUAUUCUUUGUUGUUUUUAUGUCAUAAUCCAAUGCCCCUGGCUCAAUGCUGCCCAAUGCCCCUUACCCCACUGUAUAACACCCAAUUAUGAUUAAACAAGCUUUGGUUUUGAGAAAUAUAUACCAUAUUCUUUU